AUGUUGCAUUCUUUCGUGCUCUUUGCCUCCCCCUCCACCCCCCCAACGCGCGAUUCAGAGCUGCAAAGGCAGCUCAUCGGCACGACGUCUUCCACAAAGAAAAGAAAGCUCUCGCCGCAGACCGAUAACAACCCCGACGUCCCACUGAGUUCCGUUGAAGAUUCAGAAUCACAGGCCAACGAAGUUCCACGAUUCGAAAUCCCCUCCCCUCCUGAUACAGCCCUGCCACCACACAUACCAUCGCACCUACAGACCUCCGUUUCACUGGGAGCCGUCGACAACAUAUCCUCGGCGGCGAGCUCUCCAAGUGCAGCCUACGCCAGUCUCUCGCUGGAAGGCGAGAGAGGUGGGGAUCCAGACGUUGCAAGAAAUUCUUCCCUCGCACCCAACGACCAGGACGCCAGAGGACAGUCUCCCAUUCGUCACUUCUCGCACAGGGCUAUCAUGGGAGGUGCCGCAGAUCUUCCACAACGGUCAUCAUCGCCUUUGAAACGACGAGCAUCGGAUUUGGAGGCUGAGGGGUUUUCAAGUCAAAAGGAUGAUGUUGAUAUGAUCAUGGUCCCAGAGUCGGAUCCUCCAGAGACUGCGAACGAUACCCAGCCUUCUAGGAACAGAGCACGGUCAGUUGAUAUGCUGAGAAACGAGAAUCAGGUGGAUCGGGCAGCUAGCUCAAAGGAUGGGCAAGGACAGACAAGUGAGGAUUCCGCAAAGUCCAACGUACCAUCCAUUGACUGGCAAAUUACUACUAUCACUUCCAUGAUCGAAGCUUGGAGACAAGAGAAGCUCACAGAGGGAAAGAAUGCGUUCCUGGUAUCGACUCGUUGGAUGGAGAAGGUUACUUCUCGAGGCACAGAAGCCAGAAAGAAGAGUAAAGUUGAACCUGACGGGGAAGUCGGACCAAUUGACAAUUCAGACAUUGUCCAACAAAUUAUCAAAGAUUACACCGGCCAGGACUUCGUUCAGCUCAAGCCUGGAGUUGGCAUGGGCGACUUCAUGCUUUUCGGCCCGGAUUCUUGGGGACUCAUAGUAGAGUGGUACGGUCUGAUGCCGGGAUCGCUACCCAUCGAAAGAUUCGCCCACAAUACAAGCCAACCGGGAGCUGAACCAAACUUCUUGUUUGAAUUCAACCCCCCGGUCUUCACUAUCCACCGCUUGCAUAAGCAGGGAAGUCCUAUCUUACUUUCACAGAAACUCAAAAUUGAAAAUCCUAGUGCUCCUGUGUUUGUGCUCAGCACUUCCACGAAAUAUGUCGACUUUCUCAGGCUGGUUAAGAAGUCAGCACAAAUCGAAUUGAAGACCAAGGUGCGGGUUUGGACUGUUCCAAGACUACAGCCUGCUGCGGAGCCCACUGCUGCAGUAGCAAACACAGCUACGCCUCCUUCAUCGAGACCUGGCUCACCAGUCAAUGGUGAUGUGUCUAUUUUGGACCCACGCAAUCCUCAAGACUCUUGGACAAAGCUCCUCCUUGAUGUACCCACAUUCUUCAAACUACAGAAACCUGUUCAGAGAGAUCUACUUCCCGAGCCGGAUCACUCGGCCAAUUUGAACUACAACGGGAGCAUGAAUCUUGCCUUGUGCGGCCUUGCCGCUGAUCAGAACAUAGUAUUGGAAGAAGAAGUCAAGAAAGGCACAUUUUUGACAGGCUUUAAUCCUUCACAAUCGAAGGCAGUAUCUACAUCCUUGACUCGCACGACAGGUUUCAAUAUGAAUGGAUCCAACAGUCAAUCCAACAGCGGCCGCAGUAGUCCAACGCCAUCCGGCCCUAUAACUCGAGGGCGAGCACAAAAGUCGAGCAGAACGCAAGGAACUGUCGGUCUGAGCAACCUUGGAAAUACGUGCUACAUGAAUUCUGCAUUGCAAUGUGUCCGCAGUGUGGAGGAGCUUACCAAGUAUUUCUUGUCAGGUUGUGCCAUGAUGGAAUUAAAUUCAGACAAUGCACUGGGCAAUAAUGGAGAAGUCGCAACCGCAUACGAGAGAUUGUUGCAUGAAAUUUAUAGAGAGCCAACACCAAAUUGCAUUGCUCCUCGAAACUUCAAAGCCACCAUUGGUAAAUGGCGAGCCCAAUUCGCUGGGUAUGGCCAGCAGGACUCACAGGAGUUUCUGGGAUUUCUCCUCGACGGCCUUCAAGAAGAUUUGAGUCGAGUAAAGAAGAAGCCAUAUAUCGAGAAGCCAGAUUCGACUGACGAAAUGGUCAACAACCCCGAGGCCAUUCGAGAGAUGGCUGCAAAGGUUUGGGAUAUUACCAAGAAGCGCGACGACUCGGUAAUUGCAGAUUUAUUCACCGGGAUGUACAAAUCAACACUUGUCUGCCCGACGUGUUCUAAAGUCAGCAUCACAUUUGACCCAUUCAACAAUUUGACACUCCAAUUACCUAUCCAUAGCUCCUGGCAUCACAACGUCUGCUUCUAUCCACUCUACGACAAGCCUGUCGUCAUUUCUGUCGAUAUUGACAAGAAUGCAAGCAUCUUAGGCUUGAAAGAGUUCAUUUCGAAGCGUGUAGGUGUACCUGCAGAACGCUUAUUCAUGGUUGAAGAGUUCAAGUCCAAGUGGUAUAAGCACUACAGUGACUUUAAUGUAGCAUCGGAGGAGAUCACUCAAAAUGAUACCGUUGCAGUAUAUGAGUUGGAAAACAAGCCUACCAACUGGCCCCCUCCGCGCAAGGCGAAGAAGAAGAGUGGCAAGUACUCCAUAAACAACGACUCUGAAGAAGACGAGGUUCCGGAUUGGGAUGAUGAAAUCGCUGAGCACAUGCUUGUUCCCGUGUUUCAUCGCCGUCCCAAACCAAAAGAUGGUCAAAACAGAUUCUCACCAAAGAAACCUUGGGAGUUGACUGGGGUUCCGCUUUGUAUCAUGCUCACACCGGAUGAGGCUCGGGACAUGGACACAAUUCAACGUAAGAUUCUCGAGAAGAUAGCCAACUUGACAACCCACAAAGAUUUUCUCGAUGACCACGAUGUCGAAGCCAAUGCUGCCGAUGGGAUUGAUGCAGAUAUCGUACUUACAACAGGCUCUGAUGCUGAUUCCUCAGGAGACAGUAAAGUCGUUGCCAACUCCAUUGAUGGCGAAGAUGAGCUUGUUGACGUGACAAUGAAAGAAGCUGCAGCAAAUCCUUACCCUCUCGAAACUUUUAACAAGCGCCGGCCUGCAUUCAUGACUCUCGGGUCUCAUCUCGAGCCAUCUCUACAGAAUCUAUUCAAGCUAUCCUACUUCUCAAAUGGCAAGGAGAUGAUUCCCACUGGAUGGUCAACUGUGGACGACGAGAAAACUUACCCUAGCCUUUCUUCACGAAUUCAGCGUCAAGAUAGUGAUUCAAUCGAUGAUUCCGAUGCUGCGGGUAGUCCAACAGGUUCGGAGAGUAGCAAUGGUAUAAAUGUGCCAACACGAAUGAAUGACGAAUCGAGCGAAGAGGAUGAUGAUAACAUUCCUGCGGUGGCACCCCAAAUUCUUCCUGUCCGGCCGGCUGCACCAAAGUCUGGGGUCAGCGUAGGUCACAAUAGGCGUCACAAUAAUCGAAUUAAAACUUACUCAAAGAAGGGCAAUCGGCCGGAACGCAGAUUCCCAUCUCACGAGGAAGUCGACCAAGAUGCUCCCGACAACGGACCUCUUGUGCGUCUCGGUGACAUGAUAGUGGUGGAUUGGUACACUGAAGCGUGGGAAGCAUUAUUCGCCGGCGAGAACCUUGAUGACCUGCGAGGUAUGGCAACCUGGGACAGCCCAAGGAUUCUAAAAGAUGCAGAAUUGGAAGCCCUUCAAGCAUCGCGUUCGCUUCGGAGAAAAAAUGGUAUCACGCUAGACGAUUGCCUUGACGAGUUUGGGAAAGAAGAAAUCCUUUCUGAAAUGGAUACCUGGUAUUGUCCUCGAUGCAAGGAGCACAAACGCGCCAGCAAGAAGUUCGAGUUAUGGAAGUCACCCGACAUUCUCAUUAUGCACCUCAAGCGUUUUAGCUCAAGUGGAUGGCGCCGAGACAAAUUGGAUGUCCUGGUCGACUUUCCUAUUGAUGGCUUGGACCUCAGCUCACGGGUUAUCGAGACCGAAGAUGGCAAACAGGAGCUCUAUGACCUCUUUGCUGUCGACGACCACUGGGGAGGACUUGGAGGUGGCCACUACACUGCCUUCGCAAAGAAUUAUAGGGACAACGAGUGGUAUGAGUACAAUGACGGUUCUGUUGCGAAGCAAAAGGAUUUGUCCAGAAUUGUUUCGUCCAGUGCAUAUCUACUCUUCUACCGACGAAGAUCAGAUAUUCCACUUGGUGGGCCAAGAAUUGCGCAGAUAGUACGAGAUUUUGACAACGACUUGUCUCAGGGCUCUGAUGACGAUGCUUCUGAUUCGGGGGAAGGCAAGGGCCUCGUCGGAAACUCCUCCCUAAAUGGGUCGUCGAGCGCUUUGAUCGGAGUAGGAGCAGCUCGCCAUCAACAAAUUCCUGGUUUCCCUGGCGAGCAGAUGAUGACAAUUGAUCCCUCAACUCUUUCACAGGUCCCUGAGCCUGGCUAUGGCUCUGGUGCCCUUCAGCCAAGUAUCGAAGAAGAUGAAGGCAUCGACAUGCGCGACGAACGCCCGCCAGCGUAUAACGAAUCUGAGUGGGGCAAGAAUGGCUUCAGUAACCUAAAGAAUCUUGACCGUCAAGGUUAUAACCAGAAUUCAAGAGCAGGCUCAAUAGCUGCAAGCGACGAUGUCAAUCAUGGCUCAUCCCCAGAUCGUACAUCACUUGACGGACGUUUGAAUGAAUUUGCCAAUGCUGAUGCAGAGGGAGAUGACGGGCCAUUCAUUGAUCCAAGCCCUGUCCCUGAUAUGGAUGACACCGACAUUGCAAAUACUGUUGCUCUCCAACACGACAUCUACGACACUCUUGGUGCUAAUUCACUGUAUCGUCAAAGACCUGAGUACUCUGUAACUGCAGUUGAGGACGAGCCUCUUGAAAUUGAGGAGCCAGUAACGGAAAUUCAUCUCAAGGAUAGUGACGAACUAAAGAUGGACUGA